CGUUUGUGUAUGUGUGCAAGCAGUCUAUGUAUGUUUCAGGGUGGCCUUGAUAAAACAUCUGAUUCCCCUCUGUAGUUUCGUAAACCAAAGCCAAGUGUACUUAAUUAAAAGUCCAUUGAUAAUUAGACUAAUGUAUUUGUGAUAAUAUUUAUUCAUUGUUAAGCAGUAAGGGUUAAUGUCUUGUUAUUAAAUUUUGUGUCUUGAUGGAGAUUUUUGAUCUAUCAAAUAAGUACGAGGAAGACGAAGAAAAGUGUCAGCGAUUAUUAUCGCCAAAAUAAAUAUUUUUAAAAAUAAGAAAGAAAAAAAAGGCAAACUACAAUUAUCAAGAGAAGACGAGUGCAAAGUAAGAAAAAAGAAGAAGGAGAAAAAAGAGAAAAAAAAAAAAAAAAAAAGGCAAACUUAAUAAGACAGUUUUCCUUGAUUUUGACAAGCAGCCUUGACGACAAAUUUGUCAAUAGCCACAUUUGGUCAUUUUGUAUAUACAACUCCAAAUUGUCUUCCAGAUAAUAUUUUCUAUCUGUAGACAAAUGUGUCAGAGAGUAUACAAUUAUUAUAAAAUAUAUAAAUAAUUUAUAAAUAAAUAAAUAACAAACGAAAAAAAUAUUAUUGAGGUAUCAGGUUAACCUGAGAAAUGCGAUCAGUAGCGAAUGCCGAAUUAUUUGUAAUCUAUGGUUUGCGAUUGCUUUGUCUGUGUUUUGGCGAAGUAAUUGCAGGUGGUGGAGCACUUGAUGCAAGCUCAAGUUAUCAUAGACACUCUGAUGGAAGUGGUAAAGUAUCAGGUACAUUUUCCAGUCUUACUGAUGGUAUUGCACAAGCAGUUGCACAUGAUACUGCACAUACCAACGUUGAAACAUGUAAUGAUGAUUUGGCAUGCAUAACAAUGGCCUCGCAAGAUCGUCUUGGUCUUGAAGCUAUUAAAUCACUUCACAGUCAGCUAGAUGAUGAUGCUGAUGGUGAUGUUGAUUUAUCAGAAUCAGAUGAUUUUUUAAGAGAAGAGCUGCAAUAUGAGGCAGGCUAUGAAAGACGUCAACGUGCUUUUCAUCAUAAUGAUGAUAUGCAUAUAAGUGUUAGAGAAUUAUGGGAAGCUUGGUUAAGAUCUGAAGUUCAUAAUUGGACAAUUGAACAAACUUCCGAGUGGCUUACCACUAAUGUUGAGCUUCCACAGUAUGUUUCUACUUUUAUACAACAUCGUGUUACUGGUGCCACUCUUCCCAGAUUGGCUGUUAAUAAUAUGCACUAUCUCAGUAAUGUCUUGGGUAUAAAAGAUCCAAUUCACAAACAAAAAUUAGCUCUUAAAGCUAUGGAUGUUGUUCUAUUUGGACCACCAAAAGAUACUGGACAUAGCUUAAAAGAUUUAAUACUCAUUACACUUUUGUUUGGAGCACUCAUUGGAUGCUGGUAUGCUUAUCAACAAAAAAAAAGUUCUCAAAAACAUUUAAGACGCAUGAUGAAAGACAUGGAAGGUCUUCAUAAAGCUGAAAUUGCACUUGAAGAUUUACAGAAAGAGCUUGAAAGAGCAAGAAUGGAACAAGAAAGUGCAACGACUGAAAAACAAAAUCUUGAAAAACGAUUGCAGGAUGAAAGCAUGGGUUUACAUACGUCAUAUUCUGAUCUUGAAGUAUCACAAUUAAAAUCAGAAAUUGAAAUGUUAAAAAUGGAACUUCAACGUGCUGAGGGUGAACUUGAAGAUCGUUGUUGGUCACCACCAGUUGGACUUCAGCAUUGGCUUCAAUUAACUCAUGAAAUUGAAAAUAAAUCAUACACUAAAAAGAAAAUUUCAGCUGAAAAACAAUUACAACAAGCACGUGAAGCAUGUGAAAAAUUAAGAAAAAAAAGAUCAAGUUUAGUUGGAGCAUUUGUAUCAACUCAUGGAAAAUCAAUUGAUGAAGUUGAUAAAAGUAUUGUUGAAGCAAGAACAGCAUUAAAUGAAGUUACAGCUGAAUUACAAGAACGAGUACAUCGUUGGAAACAAAUUGAACUGCUGUGCGGUUUUAAUAUUAUUAAUAAUAAUGGUUUAAAUUAUCUUGAAACAAUGUUGUAUCGUGGUGCACCAAAUGGCAGAAGUCUUGGCUUCAGAGGACGUAUGAGUAGUCAGGAUGACCUGGACGACGAGGCAAGUUCUGUUUACACACCUUCAUCAUCUACUGGAGCAGGUAUGUUGGAAAGUUUGACGUGGAAAGAAUCAUCAUUACCACCUGAUUCAUCAAGCAGUGAAACUGGAAAAGACACACCACCUGAAGUACAAUUUACUCUUGGUGAUGAUGAGCCUGUUGCAACAACAUCAUCAACAACAUUACCAUCAUCACCACAACCACCACUAUCACAAACAACAACAACAACGACAUCAUCAUCAUCUGGAAUAAAUAUUAAAUCAUCAACAAAAGAAAAAUCUGGAAUGGUUAGAUCUUUUAGUCAAGACACAAGUGUAUCAUUUGAUGAUCAAAGAAUGACAAGUUCAUUAUCAAAAACAUCAUUGUCUGAUAAUUCAUUAGACAAUACUGAACGAAGAAGAAGAAAGCAUAUCAAAGAAUUACCAACAGUUAUGUCAGUUGAUGAUGAAACAUUAUCAACAGAUUCAAAUUCAACAGCUGAUAAUGAUGAAUUAAAAAGACGACGACGAAAUAUAUUUCCUGGUUUUCGAAAAAAUAAAGGAAAAUGAUUAAUUCAAUUAAAAUUUUAAUAUUAUUAAUCAAAUUUAGCUUUAAUAUAUAUCAUGGUUAUCUUGAUGGAAGCUUGAGAAACGUACUUAAUAAAUAAAUAAAUAAAUAAUAGUCAUCAAUUUGUUUGAGAAAUUAACUCAUUAAUCAUGUGAUAUGAUAAUUUGAUGAUUAUUUAUUUAAUAUUUAUUCAAUUACUCAAGCUUCUUUUGAAGUUUCCAAAUAAAUUUAUAUGUAUAUUAUUAUUAUUAUCAUGAAAUAUGAAAAUUAAUAUCAUCGAUUGUAUAAAUUUUAAAAUGACAAUAUUUUACAAACCGAAUGAACUCCACUGAUAUUUAGUUAUUAAUUUAGUUUAAAUAUUGUUGCAAUGAUUUAUUUUAUUUUUUUUUUCUCGUACUUUUGAUGAGUUAUCAUGCAAUGAUUAUACCUCAUCUUAUUUAUUUUUUUGUUUUCGUCCAAGUCAUAUCAUAACACAAUUAAGGAAAACAAUAAAUUAUUUAGAUAAAUUGUGCGGUUGUUGGAGCAUUUUUAAUGACAAAAAAUAA